AUGACUUCAAACGAAGGGGCAGCUGGACGCCGGGGAUUACCGAAGAUUCAGACGGACAAGAGUCAUGACGAAAUAUGUCACGACGACAGCGCGCCAACCGUGAAGGCUCAAACAAUAGACGAGCUUCAUUCGCUGCAGAUGAAGAAGUCAGCUCCUUCUACUCCCACUCCCGACAAGACUCAGGAUGUUGCUUUUGCUCCUCCGUCUGGCCAAGAACGUCAGAAACAGCAGCUGCAGUCCAUCAGUGCUUCUCUAGCAUCGCUGACGAGAGGAUAUGGACCCAAACUGGUGAAAGGAGACCCAGCCAGAAAGGCCGAAACUGCAGGGGUUUCACACGUAACCCAACACCCUGCCCAUGGCACCCCAACCAUAAGCGUUAGUGACAGUUCCUUGAAAUUCACUCACAUCCUCUACAACCUCUCUCCCGCUGAGUUAUACGAGCAGGCGAUCAAGUAUGAAAAAGGGUCAUUUAUUACGUCUACUGGUGCACUGGCAACGCUUUCUGGUGCCAAGACUGGACGUUCCCCUAAGGAUAAACGUGUCGUUAAAGAUGAGACUACACAUGAUGACCUUUGGUGGGGAAAGGGAUCGCCAAAUAUUGAGAUGGAUGAGCAGACAUUCAUGGUCAAUAGAGAAAGGGCUGUGGAUUAUUUGAAUUCUUUAGAGAAGGUCUUUGUCAAUGAUCAAUUUCUAAACUGGGAUCCUCAGAAUCGCAUCAAAGUCCGAAUUGUUUCUGCCAGAGCUUAUCAUUCCUUGUUUAUGCAUAACAUGUGUAUCCGACCCACAACUGAAGAGCUGGAAAACUUUGGUACUCCGGACUUCACUAUAUAUAAUGCUGGACAGUUUCCCUGUAAUCGUUAUACCCACUAUAUGACAUCGUCUACUAGCAUAGAUUUAAACCUGGCUAGAAGGGAAAUGGUCAUCCUCGGUACCCAGUAUGCUGGGGAAAUGAAGAAAGGCCUAUUCAGUGUCAUGCAUUAUCUCAUGCCUAAACGUCAAAUCCUCUCCUUACACUCUGGUAGCAAUAUGGGCAAAGAUGGAGAUGUUGCCCUCUUCUUUGGAUUGUCAGGGACCGGAAAGACUACUCUGUCUACUGAUCACAAUCGAUUUUUAAUUGGAGAUGAUGAACACUGUUGGAGUGACACUGGGGUGUCUAACAUUGAAGGUGGUUGUUAUGCCAAAUGCAUUGAUCUAUCAAGGGAGAAGGAGCCUGACAUCUGGAACGCUAUUAAGUUUGGGACUGUGCUGGAGAAUGUGGUGUUCGAAGAGCAUACAAGAGAAGUGGAUUAUACAGAUAAAUCUGUCACAGAAAAUACCCGUGCAGCCUAUCCCAUUGAAUUCAUUCCUAACGCAAAACUUCCAUGUGUUGGCCCACACCCAAAGAACGUCAUACUCUUGGCUUGUGAUGCCUUCGGUGUUCUUCCCCCUGUGAGCAAGCUGAGCUUGGCACAGACCAUGUACCAUUUCAUCAGCGGCUACACUGCUCUGGUUGCAGGCACGGAGGAUGGCAUAAAAGAGCCCCAGGCUACAUUUUCUGCAUGCUUUGGCGCAGCAUUUAUCAUGUUGCAUCCUACUAAGUAUGCUGCAAUGUUGGCUGAAAAGAUGCAGAAACACGGUGCAACAGGGUGGCUCGUCAACACUGGUUGGUCGGGAGGAAGAUACGGUGUAGGAAGCCGUAUAAAGUUGGCGCAUACACGGAAAAUAAUUGAUGCCAUACACUCAGGAAGUCUUUUGAAUGCAAAUUACAAAAAGACUAAGGUGUUUGGGCUUGAAAUUCCAUCCGAGAUUGAGGGAGUGCCUUCUGAUAUUCUGGAUCCCGUGAACACUUGGUCCGACAAGGAUGCUUAUAAUGAAACACUGCUGAAGCUAGCUGGCCUUUUCAAGAACAACUUUGAAGUAUUCGUGAGCCACAAGAUCGGGAUAGAUAACAACUUGGCAGAAGAGAUUUUGGCUGCUGGUCCUGUAUUCUAACAUGUUGUUGGAAGAAAUGAGUACUGGAACCUCAUAUGUAUGAAUAGAAAAAAAGCUACAAUUGAUGCAAAUAAGUAGCUAGUAGUCCUAUUCCCUUCCCAUUUUGUGAGACAAGAG